CUAAACCAACCAACACUUAUCUGAUCCUAGAGAUGGCCACGAAUAAUACAACAGGAGGCCCCCACUUCUCCAACGUCAGCUUAUUGACAACGCAAGUUGACAGCCGCCUGGGUUGGGAAGUCAAAUCUGUGUACAGUGACGUCAACAUGACAUCACAAACCACACCAGUGACGUCAAACGAAGAAUAUACGUAUACCCUAACUGUUAUCGACAAUGUGGAAAGAUAUUACAUGUGGUUUAUACUGGUACUUGGUUUCCCUGGCAACCUAGCGAGCAUAGUGACCAUCCUGAGAAUGUCACGGCUGAAGUCAGCGACAUUUUACGUGGCCGUGUUAGCGACUGUAGACAACACUGCUCUCAUACUCAAGACAGUAUUCAUGGAACUGCUGCACCAGCCUCAUGCGUUCUCAACUCCUGGCUGCAGGUUCAUGUGCUUCUUUGGACUUGUCACUGCUGCUUUCUCCAAUUGGUUACUGGUUGCCAUGGCGACAGAACGUUUCAUGGCUGUCAGAUAUCCUAUGAAAGUAGCCAGCAUCUGGACUUUGCGUCGCGCUCUGGUUCUCACCGCCGUCCUAUUUUGCCUUCUUUCUGUAUUACAUCUGCAUAUUUUCUGGACAAUGGUCAACGCUGUCCAUGGCUGCAGCUACUCCCCCGACUACAGCCACUUCACCAUGGACACGUGGUACUGGAUCAGUGCGUCUGCCUACGCCUUCAUCCCCUGCAGCGUGCUCAUCAUCUUCAACUUGCUCAUCGUCCACAAUAUUCAGAAGUCGUCAAAACUUCGCCGACAGCUGACAGUAGAGAGAGACGUCUCCUUCAAACCACAGCGGAUUUCUGGUAACCAUGACAUGCAAAUAACCAUCAUGCUGAUCAGUGUGACCAUCGUGUUUGUCAUACUGACCAUCCCUCGCUGUGCCGUCAUGCUCAUCAUCACAGGCGAUCCCCUCAAUCCCCCUUGGAGCAGGUGCGACAUCGUCUUGUGGACGUGCUCACCUCCAUGUUCGCAGACUCCAACCAUGCCAUCAACUUCUUCUUGUACUUCUUCGCGGCUAGGCAGUUCCGGUUGCAUUUCGUCAAGGCGGUUUUCGGUCAGCGACGCGGCAGCAUCUACAUUACCUACACCAAGAGGUCAUCGACGGUGAGAGAGGAUGAACUCCCAAUGAGCAUUUGACCCCAAGCUGUAGGGCGUUGCCCCUAAUGUACCCCUAUGUCUGCAGAGGUCAACGCUCCAGUCACAUACAGUGAAACCUGAUUGAACCAAACUGACAAAUAACGAGAAUGUCGCUGAAUACAGACGAACGCCGUUCCCAACUGUAACCCCAGGAUGCUGGUUUUCCAAAAGUGAUGGGAUUUUACUGUACCUCCCUGAUAUCAACAUAUGCAUGAGAUAAAACCCUCCACAAUCAUAAGAAAUAUAAACAUCUUUCAACUGUCAUUCUGAAAUGUAGAUCAGGACUAAUCAUUUAGAUUCUGCAAACACUGUUUGAAGGUGAACUCACUGUAUUGUCACAGUCUUAUGGAGACUAUCAGA